CUUUUGUUGUGCGAUUGAAAUAAUACGGUGAACGGUUUAAUUAAAACUUCAAUAAACUGUGACGAUGAGAUCACGAUCAGGGUCGUCAGUGGCGAAGGAUAUCCACCCACGUACUGUAGCAGACAGUGCGAGUGUGCAACACACGAACGAAUCUGUCAUUUUUUGUUUCUACCCAUCUUUUAUACGUCUGAUUCCACGAGAAGCUUCUAACGCAUAAACAUGGAACGGAAAUUCGCGCAACAAAAACCAAGACAUACCAUGGAUCUCGAAGAGGAUUUACCGCAGGAGUUUCUGCUGAAUGUCUACGACGCUUCUCCGACCAGUACGAAAAUUCUUUAUAAUAUUCUGCUGGAUGCUCUACAAUCCAGGGAUUUUCGUUCCUUCAAAAACGCCAUAGAGCAGAACUUGAAAAAGCAGCCUCCUACUCUGGAUAUCAACUAUGUUUUUCCCAACGGUUCAGAAGAAACGUGUCUCGAUAUUGCCAGCAGAAACGGCCUGACGGAGUUCGUGAAAUUACUAUUGCGCAACGGGGCGAGACCCAACAGGGUUAACGAGGCGCACAAUCGCGCUCCUAUUCUCGCCACCGAAGAUGGACAUGUGGACACGCUGGAGGCUUUGCUGGCGGAGCCGACGAUAAAUCCGAAUCUCGAGGCGGGGCAGCAGACCGCCUUGCACAUCGCGGUGAAGAAAAGGGACUUCGAAUGUGCUGGUUUGUUGUUAAAGAAAGGCGCCAGCGCCAGUAUUCCCAACAGCAAGGGCAUGACCGCCCUUCAUCUGGCGGCGAAGAAGAGUCAAGUUGACAUGGUAAAAUUAAUACUGGACAAUUGCCAACAGUCUCCAGACCUGGACAGUUACAGAGAUUACAGUUAUAAGACGACGCGUGAGGUGAUCCAGCAAAUAAUGCCGGAUCUGCCGUUGCCGCCGAAGUGUGAAAAUCGAGAGGCGAACGCGCACGAUCUCAAGUAUUACCUGAUUGCCAACGACGAGGCGAACUUCCUAAAAAAUCUGGAGCUCGUUAGGGUGGAGAUUCUUCACGACGUGGCCGAGGAUCUGUUGGAGAUGGCCGCGCAACGCAAUUUUCACGAGACAGUGUGCGGGAUUCUGGAGAAACUCAGGGAGAAACUCACCCUGUUCAGCGUGAGAAAAGCCGCGCACACAGCCGUCCAGCAGGGUCAUCACGCCAUUCUUCGCGAAUUACUGAACGUCGAGCCGAAGGUAGCCAAUGAUUUGAUUCUGAACGCCUGCCUGGAGCUGGGAAUGCCGGGGAAACGGGGAGUCGACAAUACGCCCGAUCGCCUGGAGUGUCUGAAGCUAAUUCUGGAACAGAAAAACGUAGAUGUUCGUUGCACUGACAACAAAGGCAACACGCCGCUGCAUUACGCGGCCAGGGCGGGCUGCCGCGAGGCGGUGACUCUGCUUCUCGAUCGAGGCAGCUACAUCGGCCACAUGAACAAGUUCAACGUACCGCCCGUCGCGGACAUCCCGACGUGCACGCUGUCGCGCUACUUCGACGACUGUCUGCAGAUGCGGAAGGAACGGACGAACGAGUACACGAUCGAGUUCAACUAUCGCUGCCUGAUGCCGCACAACGUUCUCCCGGAACACGACGACGCUUGCCGGUCGAUGCGCGAGAUGGAUGUGUUCAAGUACAUCGCCCGCAACAGCGGUCUCAAGUGUCUGCUCAAGCACCCGCUGCUCUCGUCCUUCCUGUACUUCAAGUGGUACAGAAUACGGCACCUUCUUCUCGCGAACUUCCUCUUCUACCUGACCUUCUAUAUUCUGCUGAACGCUUACAUCCUGAGCGCGACUUACGACGGUCCUGCGAGCGAAAACGGCAACGGAACGCAGGCGUCUAAUAAUAGUUUCGGCGCUUUGGGAAGUUCUCUGCGAAUCGCCUGGUACGAGGACAGCGUUCUGUGGGCCUUCACCAUCGUGCUGCUGCUGCUCUUCGCCCUCCGCGAGUUACUGCAGUUCGUUUCCAGCCCUUGGCACUACCUGAAGGAUCUCGGGAAUUGGUUGGAAGCCGCGCUGAUCGUGUUGACCUUCGCUCUGCUGUGCGGCGCAGGGCCGCAAGUCGCUGCCGUGGCGAUCCUCUUGUCCGCCUGGGAGCUGGUGAUUCUGAUCAGUCAACAUCCGCGUAUGUCAACCGGUAUCGAAAUGUUCCGGACGGUCUCCUUUAACUUCGCGCGUUUCCUCUUUCCGUACGCCUUCCUCAUUCUCGCCUUCGCCCUGGCCUUCUACACGCUCUUCAAGGACGGCGACGACGCAAGCUUCCCCGAUCCCGGUCGCUCGAUCUUCAAGACCAUCAUCAUGCUGACCGGCGAGUUCGAUGCCAGCGAUAUCCCAUUCGUCUCGCAUCCCGUUUGGAGCCACAUCGUAUUCGUCCUGUUCGUCUUCCUUAUCGCCAUUGUGCUGUUCAAUCUGCUCAACGGUCUGGCAGUCAGCGACACUGCCGAGAUCUUGUGCAAAGCUGAACUGGUGGGACUCAUUUCACGAAUACGUAUGGUCUCUUAUAUCGAGGAUAUAGCAGUCGGUAAGCCGUUCAGACCUUGCUGUGGCAAUUCGUGCUCGAUUCGAUGGAAUCCUUUCGGCUUCCUCGCCAGGAAAAUUCUUCUGUUCCCGCAUUACUUGAGGGACGGUAGAAUUAGCGUCAAACCGUACGACUGUCCAGAUGCUUACGAUAACGACAGACGUUAUGACAGCUAUGUUCGCAAUGAGUCCGUGAAUCGCGACAAACGUUGGACCACGUUGGAUCCUAAAAUAAUCAAACAAGCCAAACAGAUUAUUUGUGAAAAGAAUCAACUAUCGGACAAUGAGAAAAUAAUAAUCGUGUUGAAAAAGAUGCAGGAGAAGUUGGAGACAAUGGAAGUCACUCUAAAUACCGUAAAGCUCGCAGUUGAAAAUAAUAAUAUUAAUAAUACGGUGGGAUCUGUAAUAGAAAAUUAGUAAAAGAUUUUAAACUCUGUUUUAAGUAUUUUCUAUUGUCUAAGACUUUGAUUUUAUAAGAUAAUUUUGCUAUAAAA